GUGCUCACUAACCCCAUUGUGAGGAAGAGGGACAGAGAGCAGAGAGAGAGAAAAAGAGAGAGUGGGACGAGAGGAGAGCGGCUUCCUGGGUUAAAAUGAUCAGUGUUAGGCUAAUUUUCGCUGUCUCCUUUUUCACCCCCUCUGUGUCCGUUUUGGAAAAAGGGGAGCAGAUGGUUGGGCCUGACAGAGCAGACAGCACAACGCAAGUGCAGGCAAAAUAGCUGCUUUUACAGGAACACUGGGCACUGCAGGGAACCAUUCAAGUUCUUCCUUCGUUUCCCAUAAUUAGCAGGUUUUCACAGCAAGAGAGGAAAUCUAUGUCGAGACGAGUAUUCAAGGAAGGCGGAGGCAGAGAGAGAGAGAGAGGGAGAGGAGAACAGGACUUCAGGGGAGGGAGGGAUAAGCCCUGUGACAAUGUUUUGAAGGGGAGACAAAGCAAAGCAGCGACUGCACUCAGCUGGAUAGAUUGAGUUAGCUGCAUGGGAGUUCUCUCUCCAUUUGGAAUAUUAACAAUAACAUUGAUGUGUCUUUAACCUGCGAGGGUAUGAUGUUUAUCCCAUAAUAUAAACACGGCUAUGCUCUGGAAAUCCCUUUGUUUAUUUGAAGAGAGGAGCCAUUGCAAUACGGAUAUAUUUGAUUCUGUUGCCUUUAGUACCUUUUCACACUUUUUAGCAUCAUUUUGGAUUUUAAAAAGUAGCUAUCAAUUCCUGAUGAUAUUGUUGCUUGAUUAUUCACAUAAUGACAAAUCAUCACAAAGAAGAGUGUGGAUUUCAACAAUGAGUGAGUUGUUUUUGUCAUGUUUUACUGGAAAACAGAGCCUCAUCCAUAGGAGAGCUUCUUGGGGAACUGAGAAUGUUUAUCACAAUGGGAUUGACUCAUAGUCUACAAAUAAACGUCAUUUUCAUUGGGGACACAGAAGAGGUUGGACUCACAUCAUUGUCUGGAAGACAGUGACUUUUUUGGGGGACAAGGUUGUGACCCCAGACACAGUGACUCUAGAGGCUGUGAGUAACUUCAGACGUUUUUGACCCCCAUCCACUGAUUCCCUGGGUCCCUCUGGCUUUCUUGAGGCUGAUUUCACCCAGUCCAGUGGUGUCAUGGAUGUCUGUGCGGUUUAGGGUCGCAGAGCUCAGACCCAUACUGCAAGAUGACAUCGGAAGACAUCUACCACCUGCCCCUCAACAUGUAUGUCAUCAUUCUGGGCAUCGGCCUCUUCAUCUUCAUGCUCAGCCUGAUCUUCUGCUGCUACAUGUUCAGGUUAAGGCGACAAGGCACAAGGGAGCAAUAUGGAUAUAAUGAGGUUGUUUUGAAAGGAGCAGGAAAGAAACUGAGUCUUCUUGGACAGACCUGUGCCGUGUGCUUAGAAGAGUUCAAAAGCAGAGACGAGCUUGGAGUGUGUCCCUGCUCACAUGCCUUCCACAAGAAGUGUCUGUUAAAAUGGCUGGAGAUCCGCAGUGUCUGCCCCAUGUGUAACAAACCCAUCUGCCGUUUGCAGCCAGACCUCCCACAGGGCGCAGAGAGGCCCCAGAGCCCAAUGGAGGUGUGAGAUGAGCGAGGGCCCACAUUACAGCACCUCAACACCCCUAAUUACAGUUCCAACCUGCCUCAUCCCACUCCACUCUGCCGGACCCCUAAAAAUCACACCCUGGUCCAGUUGAAAUGAAUCAGGCAUCCCAUCCUGACGUCUUCCAUAUACCCCCAUCCUAGAGUUCUGACAGACUCUACUCUAGUUUUGAAGGUGUUAGACGCCUAAAGGUGUGUGUGAGAUGAGACUUUGAAGUGGAACUCAUAGAACAAUAUUGGAGAACAAACUGAAUGUUUUUUUUAUUUUAUCUAAAAGGCAGGGGAUGGAUGAAGAGACCCUGUCCCAUGACCACCGGCCAACCCCUACAGGAGAAACAGUGGGUACUGAAAAAGAGUUAGGAUGCUGUGCAUUGGGCCCUACUUUCCCAAAUCAUAGUCAAUUACCCGCAAUCCCAUGUUGCCAAGUAAAGAUUGGGUGUCCUGAUUGGUCGAUGAGUAACAUGGGGCCUGGAUGGAGGGAUCACACACAUACCAUGCCCACAGCUACCAUCAUGGGCCUAUGAGGUAUUCAGCUAUGACAUAGGGUGCAGUGACCCUGUCACUAAAUAACGCGUCAGGGUCAUUCUUGACUUGCAUUGCCAUUUGGGCAUGGUAUUUUGGAAGAAAUUAACUUAAUUUUUGUUUGUUUUUAUUUAAAUGUACAGUAUAUGGGUACACCUUACUAUUCAAAAUAAACUUUUAUGGCAGCUUAAUGACUUUAAAUAUCAAGGAUGGUAAUGACACAUUUUAGGUAAUUGAGUAUUUUCUUAAAUGGAGAGCGCAGAUGCUCAAAUGUACAUAACCCUAAAGGGAUAUGAUUAAUCUUUUAAUCACAAUGUAAUUUCCCUUUCAUUUUUAAAUUGAGUAAUACCAAUGACAAUUUUUAUUUAGACACCAAGUCAUCAAUGGAAUCCUCAAAAUGAUGACAUGUUAAAAGGGUGUGAUUAGCUAAGAGCUUUCUUUAAUAUAGACCCCUCCCCUGAUAACCAUUUGCAGCUGGAGGGAAUGCUCAAGGUCCUUGUAUAUUUUUUGUGUAAUGAGUAAUUUAAAAAAUCUGGGGUAAUUGCAUCAGAUGCCCGAUUAGCUUCUGGGGGAAGAUGUAUGAGAAAAGACACUUUAAACAAUGCAUUAAAUAUACAGUUUUGCAGUAGAAAUUGAUUUAUCUAUAUUUUAUCAAUGAUAAAAAGUACAAUAUAAACAAAAACAUGUAUGAUGUGUAACUAUUUGUUAUUUUAAAGUGUUUUUCAUUGUUGUAAAGCCAGGGGAUGCAAAUGCCAUUGCAAUUCAAGAAUGACCCAUCCAAUUAAAUAUAUAGUCUAAAUUAUUUCUAAGGAAUUGUUUUGUAUUAUAACUGGCUUUCAAUAAAGUGUAUUGUUUCAGUGA